GUGACAUGUAAGCUUCUAAAUCUCAACACAUAUAUUUAGAGAGAGAGAGAGAGAGAGAGAUCCAUAUUUGGUGCGGUGGAAGCAUCUCGCGUAGGUGGUAGUCCAAACUCUGCAAAUUAGUCCAAAACAUGACAGACAGGGUGCACCCAUCUUCAAAGCCGCAGGCCGGCGGCGGAGGCGUCCCAGCCGCUGCCGCCAACCCAGCGGCUGCCCCCGGCCCCAAGUCCCAGCUCUACAACCCCAACCGGCUACCCUACCGCCCCGACAGCCGGCGCCGCCGCAGCCGUUCUCGUCGCAGCUGCUUCUGCCACUGCUGCAUCUGCGGCACCCUCCUGAUCCUCCUCGUCCUCCUCAUCGCCGCCACCGCCUGCGCCGCCGCCUACCUCCUCUACCGCCCCCGCCGGCCCGACUUCACCGUCGUCGCCGUCCGCAUCUCCCGCUUCAACCUUUCCUCUACUCCCGACUCCGGCACCUCCCACCUCGCCGCCAACCUCUCCCUCGCCGUCUCCGCCCACAACCCCAACUCCAAAGUCACCUUCUCCUACGACCCCUUCGCCGUCUCCGUACUCUCCGCCGGCGUCCUGAUCGGUAAUACCUCGUUCCCGGCGUUCACCCAUCUCGAGAAAAACUCCACACUGAUUAAAACAGUAAUCACAUCCUCCCAAGAUCUCGACGCAGAGUCCUUCACUGCCCUGCAAUCAGAUCUGAAGAAGAAGAACAGUCUGGCCAUGGAGGUGCAUCUGGACACGAAGGUGAUGGUGAAGAUUGGAGGAUUGAAGAGCAAUAAAGUGGGAAUUAGAGUCUCCUGCAUCGACAUUCGUGGAAUUCCACCAAAAGGUAAAUCUCCAGCGGCUGCUUCAACUUCGAAUUCAAAAUGCGAGGUUGAUCUCAGAGUCAAGAUCUGGAAAUUCACUUUCUAAUCAAUCAAUCAAUCAAUCGCCAUUUAAUAAUCCAUAUGCUCCAGCUACUGGGUUUAAUUAAUCAUGCUCUGUUUUUCCUUUUUCCUCUUUCCUCUUUUUCUUUCAAAUUUACAUAAUUUUGAUUAUGGGUUUAUUCAGAUUGUGAGAUUGAAGGUAUGAGUAGAUUAGAGCCUUAUGUUUAAUCUGCAGCUUUGAAGUGAUUUUGAAGUUUGAUGUUCAAUGGAUCUUGAUAGUAAUGACAAAUUAAAUACUGUGAACAGAGUUGUUUCAGCUA